UUUUUAAUUAAACUUCUGAAGUAGUAUUAUGAAGAACUAUCAGUAGUAAAACUCAAUGGAGAGAAGAAGAACACACUUGAGCCUUUCAUUUUCAUUUCUUGUCACUUUUUGCUACUUCUUCAUAGCCAUUUUUGCAACAUUUUUGGAAGCAUAUGAUACCUUAAGUCCACCACAAACCAUCACUGGCAACAAAACACUAGUCUCACCUUCCCAGAAUUUUGAACUAGGUUUCUUUAAUCUUGGUAGCAACUCCACUCGUAGAUAUCUUGGGAUAUGGUACAAAAAUGUUCCUAAGAAAACUGUUAUUUGGGUUGCAAACAGAGACAAUCCACUUGCUCAUGAUUUUGGUGAUGAUGGAUCCUUAACAUUCAGCAAUGAUGGGAAACUCAUAGUUCACAGCCACAAAGGAAAUGUUAUUUGGUCUUCAAAUUCUUCUAGACCUGCAAGAAAUCCAGUGGCACAGCUUCUAGACACUGGAAAUCUUGUUCUUAAAGAUAUUGAUGGAAGAAGCUCUGAGAAAUAUAUAUGGCAGAGUUUUGAUUAUCCAUGUGACACAUUGGUGCCAGGGAUGAGACUUGGUUGGAGAUUCAAAACCGGCUUGAACCGACAUUUGAGUUCUUGGAAGAGCUAUGAUGAUCCUUCUAAUGGUGACUACACCUACAGUGUUGACCCUCGUGGAAUUCCUCAGCUUUUUCUAAACAAGAGGAACAAGAAAAUCUUCAGAAGUGGACCAUGGUAUGGGCAACAGUUCAAAGGUGAUCCAGUUCUCAGUUCAAACCCGGUUUUCAAAGCAGUAUUUGUUUUUGAUUCUGAUGAAGUUUCUUACUCAUAUGAGGCUAAGGACAACAUGAUCUCGAGGUUCGUGCUUACGCCAUCCGGUUCCAUUCGCCAUUUCUCUUGGAAUGAUCACAAGUCAAGCUGGGUUUCUGAGUUCUCAGUCCAAGGGGACCAUUGUGAUGAUUAUGCCCUUUGUGGUGCUUAUGGAAGUUGCAGCAUUGUUAAGAGCUCUUCCCCUAGUUGCAAGUGUUUGAAGGGUUUUGAGCCUAGAAAAGCUCAAGAUUGGUCAAGUGGAUGUGUGAGGGAGGAUUCAAAGGGUUGCAAAAGUGGAGGAGACUCAUUUGAGAAGCUUACAGGGUUGAAACUACCAGAUUCUGCAGAGUUUCAUGCAAACUAUAGCAUUAGCAUUAAUCACUGUGAGGCAGAAUGCUUGAAGAAUUGUUCUUGUGUAGCUUAUGCUAAAUUAGAUGUGAAUGCAAGUGGCAAAGGAUGUGUUACUUGGUUUGGAGAUUUGUUUGAUAUUAGAGAGGCUCCUGUGUAUGGUCAAGAUCUCUAUGUCAGAGUUUCAGCUUCACAACUAGAUUCAAAUGUUGGUAGAAACAAAAAGAAGAUAUUCAUACUGCUUCCUGUGGCAGUAUCCUUAACUUCAACAAUUGUUGUUUUAGCUUUGUGGUUCAUAAUUAAGACAUGGCAAAGAAAUGGAGUUGAAAAAGAGGACCUUCAAUUUAAUGAUGGAAGAGGUAGUAGGAGUGAGAGGAAUGAAUAUGAACUCCCAUUAUUUGAGAUUGCCAUCAUUGAAGCUGCAACUAUGAAUUUCUCUGUUUACAACAAGAUUGGAGAAGGUGGAUUUGGUCUUGUAUACAAGGGUGAACUUCCAUCAGGACAAGAAAUAGCAGUGAAGAAACUCUUGGAAACUUCUGGACAAGGUCUGCAGGAGUUCAAGAAUGAGGUGAUUUUGAUCUCCCAACUUCAGCACCGAAAUCUUGUAAAGCUUCUUGGUUGCUGCAUUCAUGGAGAAGACAAGAUGUUGGUCUAUGAAUACAUGCCAAACAAAAGCUUGGACUCAUUAUUAUUUGAUGAAACCAAGCGUCCUGUCCUCAAUUGGCAGAAGAGGCUAGACAUUAUCAUUGGUAUCGCGAGAGGGCUUCUAUACCUUCAUAGAGAUUCAAGGCUAAGAAUAGUCCAUAGAGACCUAAAAGCAAGUAAUGUUCUUUUAGAUAUUAACAUGAAUCCAAAGAUUUCCGACUUUGGAAUGGCUAGAAUGUUUGGCGGAGAUCAAACUGAAGCAAUGACCAAGAGAGUGGUUGGAACCUACGGUUAUAUGUCGCCGGAGUAUGCAAUAGACGGUCAAUUCUCUUUUAAAUCAGAUGUCUUUAGCUUUGGUGUUUUACUGUUGGAAAUAUUGAGCGGCAAGAGAAACAAAGGAUUCUUGCACCCAGAUCACAAACUCAAUCUUUUAGGCCAUGCAUGGAAGCUCUGGAAUGAAGGUAAAGCAUUAGAGCUGAUGGAUGGUUUACUUGAGAAUGAGUUUCCUAGCUCUGAAGCUCUAAGGUGUAUACAAGUGGGACUCUCAUGCGUUCAACACCGCCCAGAAGACAGGCCAACAAUGUCACUAGUUCUUGUGAUGUUGGAUAGUGAGAGUGCAGUGCUGCCACAACCUGGAAGACCAGGAUUAUAUUCAGAGAGAUUUUUUUCAGAGACAGAUUCAACUUCACUUGCUAGACUCAACUCUAGUUCCAAUCACAUCAAUGUCACCUUAGUAGAGGGUCGUUAAGAAUUUCCCUCAACAUUCAUAUCAAUGUGCAUGCAAGAAAUUAUGUUUUCUUAUUCCAAAUUAAAUGAUGACAAUCAUGCUUAGCCUCUUUUUGUUCUAUGCACAUUCUCGUAGAGUAGCUACAACUUACAGCAAUAAA